AUGGCGUCCAAGCCUGGCGGCAAGCCCCCUGCCCCAUCAGCCCCUCUCAGAAAGAAAGAACAUAAAGCAUCAUCCAAACGUAGAAAUAAACCAAGAUUGACAAAGCCUCCACGAUCACGGGAAGAUCAGCUCCGGAGAUACUUUACUUCGCUGUGUGCUCAGAUUGAUGCUGGGUUCCCAAAGAAUGCCAUAAAAACGUGCAAUCGAAUCCUUCGACUGUUGCCGAACGACGAGGAUACGUCUCGUACCAAACUCUUCCUGUUACUGCAAACAGAUCAGUAUAAGGAAGCAUUGAGCCUUCUGGAGGAAAGCCAGGGAUCACUUAGAGAUUUCAGUAAAGCAUACGUACUAUAUCGCCUUCGGCGUGAAGACGAGGCUGCUGCGAUUUUGUCGAACCUUCUUCAGAACGCUGGUUCGGGGGACAGCGGGGCUCUUCAUCUUGAUGCUCAGGUGAAAUAUCGCGCUGGUGACUAUGAAGGCGCUCGAGCGAUCUACGAACAAUUACUCGAUACUUGUCCACCAGACACAGACGAGUACUCUGACAUCCUCACCAAUAUCGCGGCUGCCCAAGCCCACAUUGAUUUCUUCACCAAAGAUUACCUAAAGGCUGUCCACUCCCUUCCCAACUUAUCCUCGCUAGAAUCGCUCCCGCCACCAUCGACUGCAACUCACACUCACCUUCCCCUUCAACCUUCUCCUGGAGACAACCAACCCACGGCCCCUGUCGCGCUUAAACCUCCACGGAAAUCACGGAUACCGAAGAAUGUGGUGUUGGGCGUUACACCUAUGCCUGAUCCUGAGAGGUGGUUGAAGAAAAGAGAAAGAACGAAAGUGGAUGGACGUUGGAAGAAAGCAAAGAAAGGUGGGAUGGGGAUUGGCGCCACUCAGGGUAGUAUUGUUCCGGAGUCUAAGAGCGAGGGGCCAUCUGCAGGAGGGAGUGGCGGAGGCGCAAGAGCAGGAGCAGGGAAGAAGGGAAAGAAAAAGUGA